GAUAGCUUGCCUUGUAUAUGAUAUCUAUACGGCUGUUAAUGUUUCCCAUCCGGAAGGUGGGGCUUUUGUUGGAGAUUCUCCUUUUGGGGAACCAAUGCAUCGAUAUGACCCUUUAACCCAACAUUCCAGAUAACGACCAAAGGCAGAUAUUCAAAGGCUGCAUUGGCUGUGAAGAGUGGUGAGAGGUCUUGUGUGCAGCCGUGUCUGAGGGACCACUCUGACGAUGGCUAGCGGCAAAGGUAAAAACCAGAGUUCUCUCGCUCUGCACAAGGUGAUAAUGGUGGGCAGUGGAGGCGUGGGGAAGUCUGCCCUCACCCUACAGUUUAUGUAUGAUGAGUUUGUAGAGGACUACGAGCCCACCAAGGCAGACAGCUACAGGAAGAAGGUAGUCCUGGACGGUGAGGAGGUACAGAUCGACAUCCUGGACACAGCCGGCCAGGAGGACUACGCUGCUAUCAGGGACAACUAUUUUAGAAGCGGGGAGGGCUUCCUGCUAGUCUUUUCCAUCACCGAGCAAGAGUCGUUCACGGCCACAGCUGAGUUCAGGGAACAGAUCCUGCGAGUGAAGGCAGAGGAAGAUAAGAUCCCGCUCCUGCUGGUCGGAAAUAAGUCCGACCUGGAAGACCGCCGGCAGGUGUCUGUGGACGACGCUCGCGGGAAGGCCGAAGAGUGGGCCGUCCAGUACGUCGAGACGUCUGCCAAAACCAGAGCCAACGUGGACAAGGUUUUCUUUGACCUGAUGCGUGACAUCCGAGGGAAGAAAAUGGCUGAAAACAAGGAUAAAAACGGAAAAGGGAAGAACAAGAAGAACAAGAAGAGCUUCAGAGAGAGAUGUUGUCUCCUCUGAACUACUCAUGGACCUUAAUGACGCACAAUACAACUGCUCAGUUCAUUUUUUUGCAAUUUAAACGUAUGUUUUUAAAACCUUUGUCUCUAAUACUUGGUUCCUGCCAUUGAAACUGCCACCGACACUAACUUUGGUCCUUUUUAUCUGUGGAACUAAGACCCACUGGCUGCCUUUGACUCUGUCGCAGUACAGUGCUUGUCCGCUCAUUGCUUUCACAAUCUUAUUUUUUAUUAGAAUGGUUUUCCUCAUUUUUUUGCAAAUGAACUCUAAUGUUUACUAUAAGUCAUGUUAAAUCAAAUUUACAGCAAUCUAACACGGCCAAACAACUCUAAUCAUAUUUGGUUGUUUUUUUUACAUGGUGCUGCUUGAUAUUAAUGUCAUUCCAAUCCUUCCGACCAUUCCCUAAGUGCAUCUUUUUACUGUUAAUAAUCCUACGACAGGUCAGGUUUGGAGAGAAUUUCAUGUUCUAAGUUCAGAAGGUGCCAAUCAAAAUGCUCUUUUUCUCAGCGGCAGCAGGUCUGUAUUUGAAAGAAAUCCCACUAACAUUCCCGUCUCGAUACGAUGUCUUAACUACAGAAAAUGUUAUUUUUCUGACAUUCUUUGUGUUUUACCCUUUCAUUUUACUGUUUCGAUUUUUCUUUUUAGCAUUGCUGAAUAAAUGUGUUUUUAUAUAUACAUACAUUGUCCCUGCUGGUGCAACAAACCAUUGAAGCUGAAUAUUCAUUCAAAUGCCCCUGCCAUUGAAAUGAGCCAAAAACAAUGCAGAAGUUGCUUUGUUCGCUGUGAUUUGUUUCUGCUUUGUAUUGUUUAGCAAAAAUGUUUGUGGCACUUUCUACCUUUAUGUGACAGUGAUAAACUGCCACCUAUUUGUUCCAGCUCAGUCUUCUCCUACAUUGCGGAAUUUGUCUCCCCGCUGGAAUCUUUCAAAGCCUUAACAAAAUAUAUCCACGCUAUUUGUUGAGGGUAGGGAUAGAAAGUGUCCCCUAGCAGUAUGCAAAACAACGGAAAUACCAAUGACUAAAAGUAUUACUGCUACUCCGUCUUGCGUGACCAAACAUAGAAGUAAUUUUUUGUGGUGUGCCACUUAGGUUCUCAUUUGUGUCUAAGUCAAAUGGGAAUUUACGCUGACCUCAUUCUGCUACGUUAUGGUAUUUAUGGUUUACUUUCAGUUGUACUCUGAGAUCAGGACUUGACUUAAGGAUUUUAGCAAAUGUGUAUACAUUAUUGGUAUAUUUUCAAAUUAAUAGUAGAAACAGUAGUGUUAGUAAAUGUGGGUGAUGUUAUAACAAUUUCCUAGUUUGCAGUUUGUGUUAUCCCUCUACGCCGUAGUCAUCCACUUUCAUCUGAUUGAUGCAAAUUUUUUUUUUUUUUUUUUAAUGAAUCUGCAAAUAAGACGCUGCAGAGUGUGGGCUGACCAACAGUCGGUAAUCAUGCAAUAAUCUUCCAUAUCAAUUGGUGUCAAUAGGUAACUAAUUUAAUUACUUUGUUUAGUAAUGUGGUAAGAGGUAAGAGUGGCAUUGGGGCUAGCUAGCGGACAGCGAUGAAAAACGUUUUUUUUUUU